AUGGCUGUCAUCUGGGGGCUCGAUCUCAAGGAGAUGCAAUGGGGCAAGUUCAAGAACUCGUACAUGUGGAACAAUGAGUACCACCUGCGCCGCACAAAGUUCAUUGUCUACCAAUGUGCCAUGAUCUUCUGCGUCAUAUCCGAAUCUCUCGGCACCGCCGUGCUAUCCGAUUACAUCGACCAGCAGCGCCUCGUCGCCAAGCUCAACCACGACGCCUACGUCUACAACAACGACUACGUCGGCGCGGGCUCGUACAACAUCUUCGUCGGCGUCUACAUCGCCACCAUCUUCGGCGGCGCCUUCUUCUUCGACCUCUUCUGGCCCGAGCGCCGCGAGUCGCCGCAGGUCAAGCUGGCCUGGCGCAUCUGCUCGGUGCUGGCCUGUGUCUUCGCCCUGUCGUCGGCCCUGACUAUGACUGUCAUCACCGCUACCCACUUCGCCUACGUCGCCGGCGUCAGCGACGAAGAGGCUCGCCGCUUGCUCGCCGCUUCGUACAAGAGCCCCGGCAGCCCCAUGCAGUACCGUCACAGUGGUCGUGCUAUCGCCAGCGUCGUCUUCCUCUGGCCCGGCUUCGUCGCGACCGUCGCCAGCACCGUCAUCAUGUGGAAGAGCUUGGCUCACAAUGACCGCCUCGGCCCCAAGAGCACCCACGCUCGCGAGGCGGAGAAGGGCUACGGUGGUGCGCCGGUCGUCGAUGGUCCUGCUGCCACUUCGGAUGGCGUUGCUCGUCCGGAGCAUGCGCACGUGAACGGCAGUUCUUCCACGGAGAUGAACGGUGAGAAGGCUUACGAGGCUGUGUGA